AUGGCAUUCCUAGAGAGCAGAGCCGCUGCUGCGGUUGAACCACCACUGCCUCAGGCAGUGGGCUACGCUGUAGUCGUCGGAAUUGGGUUUCUCAUAGCCUUUGUCAUGGUUUUCGUAACGUACAUUCUCAAAAAGACAGUUGGCGAAGACAACAAAACGACGGAAAUGUUCAUGACGGCUAAUAGGAGCGUGGGUACUGGUCUGACGGCAUCCGCAGUCAUCUCAUCCUGGCUUUGGAGCACUGCAAUGCUUGGGAGUACACUGGUUGGCUACAAUUUUGGUGUAGCCGGACCCUUCUGGUUUGCUGCCGGCUGCUCGCCCAUGAUUGUUUUCUUUGCCGUGCUAGGUAUUGCUUGCAAGAUGCGCAUACCCGAAGCUCAUACGCUGCUGGAGAUUGUGCGCAUACGAUAUGGCAAGGUGGGACACUUGGUAUGGAUCGCCCUCUGUCUCAUUAACAACAUUAUUGCUGUGGCAAACAUGUUGCUCGGUGCGAGUGCCGCAAUCAGUGCCCUCACUGGUAUGCAUGUUAUUGCUGCCACCUUUUUGCUGCCGGUCGGCGUCAUACUCUACACUUUUGUUGGCGGCAUCAAGGCAACAUUCUUGACCGACUAUUUUCAUACAUUUGUCAUCACCAUCAUCAUCUGCUUUUUCACAAUCAAGACAUUCUUGGUCCCUGAGAUUGGGUCACCCGGUGGUCUUUUUGACUUGAUUGUCAAAGCUGGCGAGUCGUUCCCCGUUGAAGGCAACCAAGGGGGGUCAUACUUGACAAUGACUAGUAAAAAUGCCAUCCUCUUUGGUAUCAUUCACGUAUUGGCCAACUUUGGUCUGGUCAUCAUGGACACGGGCUUUUUUGCCAAGGCAUUCAGUGCAGCUCCGCAGGCUGUUGUGCCUGGGUACAUUGUUGGAGGCAUUGCCUACUUUGCCAUCCCGUGGUGCCUGGGAACAAUCAUGAGCUUUGCCGCGCUUGGCCUCGAAGACACGCCAGCCUUUCCUACGUUUCCAAAUCGCAUGACCACCACUGAAGUCUCGAACGGGCUCGUUCUGCCCUACGCCGCAGUGGCUAUUGCUGGUAGCGGGGGAGCAGCGGCCGUACUGCUCAUUAUAUUCAUGGCAGUGACCUCGACCAUAUCGGCUCAAGUCAUCGCAGUGUCUUCAAUCAUAACAUUUGAUAUAUACCGACAGUACUUUAACCGGGCCGCAACAGACCGUGAUGUAAUUCGAUGGAGUCACAUUGGUGUGGUUAUUUUUGGCCUCUUCUCUGCGGCUUUCUCGACAGCACUGUACUAUGGCAAUGUGGAUCUCGGGUGGACUCUAUACAUGCUUGGAGUUCUCACUUGCCCCGGAAUAUUCCCUACCGUCUUUACAAUUCUCUGGAAGAAGCAAUCUAAAGCAGCAGCAGUUGUCUCUCCGUUGUUGGGCAUGGCAACUGGAAUAGCAGUGUGGUUGGGCUCUGCGCAUGCCCUUGGAGGUGAAAUUUCCGUGGCCACGACUGGUCAGACGUUGCCCUGUGUAUACGGUACGACGGCCUCUGCUCUGAGCCCAGGCUUGUAUUCGGUGGUUAUAAGUCUGGUGAAGCCAGCAAAUUACAAAUGGGAGGAGUUUCGCAAUGAACGACUUGCAUUCGAUAAGCCAAUUACAACGGACACUGGAAAACCUGAAGUUAUCCAGUCUGAAUCAACAUAUUCCGAAGACAAGAAAAAGCUCAAACAUUGGGGAUUAAUUGCUAGCAUCUGGGCGGCCGCGACUUUUCUAGGUCAUUGGGUCCUAUGGCCACUUCCCAUGUAUGGUUCCGGGUACAUUUUCGGAAAGGGAUUCUUCGAAGCUUGGAUCAUCAUUUCCAUCAUUUGGGUCUGGGGAACUAUGCUCAUUGCCGGGUUCUUCCCGAUUAUAGAUGGAUGGAGUCAGUUGAGAGCAGUAUAUCGUGGUCUCAAGCCGGCAAAGGAUGCGCCAAUUACAAGUGGCACGACUUCUCCGGAGUGA